AUGCAUCGAACACGCCGCGUCGUGCAGGUGGUGCAGGCCAAAAGCUCCGCAUGGCUCUCACCAAACCUCCUUCCCGAGUCCUUGCCGUCAGCGGCUUUGGAUCAGGCUCAGUUCGGCCUUCUGAACGCCAAGGCGGACUUCGCCCUGGGGACAGCGAGCUCCCUCCGGGGAUCCCAGGCUUCAAGCCUCCUAUCCCAAGAGAUUGGCGCAGAUGCAGAUGUGCAGGAGAUGAGACCAGACCGGCACGGGCUCGCGAUGAGCUUGCGACAUCAGGCCCAGCUGGAGCUGGCCCAGGCCACCGCAGACGAAGCGGCCGCCGAAGCGGUCGCGGCCGACGAGCUCCGCAAAGCGGACGAGGCAAUGCUGCGCGCCAAGGCCUUGUCAAAGGCCCUGGCCAAGGGCGAGGCUGAAGAACUCAUGGACAUCCUCAAGGCGCCCUUCUCACCGGUCCAAGACCUUGUGAGUGAUUCCAAGGCCAUUUUGUUGAGCACUGAGACUGCAGUUCUCGAAGCUCCCGAAGAGGCCGCCGGGAACAGCACGGAAGCAGCGGCCCGGAGCUGCGAUCCCACGGUGGGCCUCUCCUGCCGAGCCCAGCGCGCAAUCCUUCUUUGGCUCGCCUUUCCUUAUUGCUUGAGCUCCACUUUGCGAGGUCCCGUGAAGGCGGCGAACGCCACUCACGACCUGAGCACCGUGAAGACCGUGAAGACCCCGCCCACCGUGGCGACUGCGGCGGUAGCGCUGUGGAGCGCGGGUCCCGCGAAGAGUUUGACGCAGAUGCUUCAGGAACCACGAAGCGUCCAGCAUCUCCGGAUACAGUUGCCGUCCGCAGGUGAGGUUACUGGCCAUUUGAUCAUCCUGGCGACGCUGAUGACCGCGGCUGCGCUCACCUUCAGGUACAUGGCGAAGUGGCCGGAGGUGGACGAGUCGAUGAUGCCCAAAGAGAAGCUGAGCUCCUGGUCUUCGGGGCCUUUCGAUUGCUUCGAGGAUAUGAAUAUUUGUUGCUGGACAUGCUGGUGUCCUGGAGUGCGAUGGGCUGGCAACAUGGAUAUGAUGGGAUUCCUGAAGUUCUGGCCCGCAUUCUUUUUGUUCCUCUUCUUCGACCUUAUGCCUGCGAUCCCAUUCUGCAGCUGUCUCUGCUGUGGUUGGUGUGCAGUGCUCACCUAUUACCGCCUUCCACUCAGUUUGUUUCAAGAUGUCAAGGGCGCCAGCCAAUUUCAGGCAGAAUUCUGA